UCAGGGUAGAAAACAUAACGGUGAAAAUAUUCAUCACAGAUGCGAUAACCUAAAUUUAGGCUAUCCGCUAAAGAUACGUGAAAAGCACGUGUAGUGAAUAAUGUUUCGACCAUAUCAUUUCGCUAAUACAGCCUCACGUGCUGUCAUUAACAAAAACAAUGCACGAUUUGUAAGUUUUCAAAAGUUGAAAGAAACAUUCAAGCAUCUCUUGAGCACGGAUUCCAAUAAAUUACCGUAUGAACAUGUUUGUCAAAUUGGUGAUCCUGUCCUACGUGGUCGUGCCAUGCAGAUAAAUCCAGAAGUCAUAAAAUUGGCAGAUUUUCAAAAAGUAAUCAGACAUUUGAUAAAUGUCAUGCGGCAAUAUGAAGCAUGUGGUAUGUCUGGACCUCAAAUUGGACUUCCAUGGCAAAUAUUUGCUAUAGAACACACGGAACAACAUAUGAAAAUGGAUCACCAGGUUAUCAACAAAGUUCAUGAGAUGGAAAUUAUUCCAGUGACAAUUUUUAUCAAUCCUGAAUUAAAAGUUAUAGAUUAUACGCCUAUCAUCUUUUAUGAAGGAUGCGAGAGCAUUCGUGGAUAUUCAGCUGCUGUGCCCAGAGCUUAUGAAGUGGAAGUUACAGCUCUGAAUGCUUCUGCUGAACAGUUUACAUGGAGAGGACGUGGAUGGUCCGCUAGAAUAGCACAACACGAAUAUGAUCACUUACAAGGAAAACUGUAUAUAGAUAAAAUGGAUAUGAACACAUUUCACUGCACGGCUUGGGAAAAAAUUAACAAAAACAGAGGCAAAAUACAUUUAAAUUAUGGGCCGAAAAAAUAAAAUAUAUUGUAUAUUAGUAUUUACAUUGACUAAAACAAAUGCAGUGUUUUUAUAUGAAAAUUAAAUUGCGUUUAUUAAUUGUCUACAAUGUAAUCUGUAUAAAAUAUGUAAAAGUGACAUUUAAAUCAUGUAAUUAUCAUAUUAGUAUCAUUUUGUAAGCUAGUCUCUUAAAAUUGUUAUUAAAU